UGAAAACGUCGGUCAAAGUCACACGUCACAUCUCGCAUUUCGUCUCGCUACUCGUCUCGCGUCCCGUCGCUUCCGAUCACUCGAGCCUGGCCGUUCGUCCUUUCGCACGUUCGUGCCACGAUCCUGGGGGAUUUGGUUGACGACGAAGAGGAGCAGGACGAGAAGAAGGAGUAGAUGGAGGGGAUAGUGGGAUCGUAGGAAGAGAACGAGACGGGAAGUGGGACGGAGGAACGGAGAGUUCGAAGCGCACCAGCGCUUCAGUCGCCGCUGUAACCUCCGAACUAAAAGGACGUUCGUGCGCGUACCAUCCGGCUUUCUUGCCUCCGCUUCGUUCGAUUCGAUGUCGCUCAUCGCACAACAAUUUCAUUUUCUCGGCUACGGAACCCUACAGGGACCUCGAAGCCCUUCGCAAAGUGUGUCGAAAAGAGUUCUUAGUGAAAAGAUUAGAAAGAAGAGCUCAAACGGUGUCGUUCGACCAAGUGAAUAUAUAAAUAAAAAAGAGCGAUUUCGUUCGCCGGAUUCUACUUUGGGAUUUGUACUUUGAAGAUACGACUUGUUAAGAAAAGAGAAGAGCGGACAAGAAAGCGAGCGCUCUUAAGCGCUCUUUAAGAUGCUCACUUCCAAUACGAAUCAGUAUCUAUGUCCGGAUUAUUUAACUCCUCUACCGACAACACUAGAUGCAAAGAAGAGUCCUCUCGCUCUACUCGCACAGACUUGUAGCCAGAUCGGAGCGGAUCCCCCGUCAAGCAGAUCUCUACUGAACGGUUCGGAUAAAUCAUCGAAAUCGUCAAAAUCUAAUCGAGAUCACUCACGCGAGGGAAGUUCACCAUCAAGGCGAACUCCGACGAACGAUGUAACCGGUAGAUCAAAUUCUAAAAAUUCUCACGAAUCCUUUGGCCGUGAAAAAACAUCCAGUCCGGAGGAUCAGCAACGAUCGGCGUCGAGUCAUUCAACAUCCGCUCGUUCCAGAACACCAGGAAAUAAUAAUAACAAAAGAUGUUCGAGCAAUCAGAGUGCUUCCUCGACCCGUGCAGUGACUCCGCAAGGAAGAAAAACAACUACACCGGAAGGUGCAGUAUAUAUCGGCGAACCAAGUCCAAACGAUGGAAUUUCAACGAGUUCCUCUACUCGAGGAACUCGUCAUGGUAGUCCUACAAUAAGGCCAAAUUCCUACAGUCCUGCCGGAGUAUUAGCCAUGACGGAUCCAUCGAUCAAAGAUCUACCACUCGGUACCUUCAAGCUCGGCCUACCUCCUUCUACGAGUUCAGCUUAUCACUUAGCCUAUGGUGGUUCGCAAUUACCAAUAGACGUUAUGUCGGCUGGUAACUCGCUACUGUCUCCGCAUCAGCACGCACUGAAAAGCGGGCUCAUGGGUAGUCCAACGAGUCCCUAUCUGACUUACAACAGCCGUUUGAAAUCAUCGUCCAGUAAUGGAACCGACGCAUCGUCCAUAGGUCUUUGUCGGGACCCUUACUGCACGGGUUGUCAACUGAAUUCUCAUCUUUUAGCUGCCGCAGCCGCAGCAGCAGCGGCAGCCGCGGCUGCAGCGACUACGGGAACGAACGUUCCUCCACAAGCGAGUAUUCAAGCAAACGGUAAACUCUCGACGAGUCCAGUUCCUGCUCCUUCAACAGUUUCUUCUUCUUCGUCUUCUUCUUGCCCAUCCGGUUGCGUCCAGUGUGAUCAUAAAUCUGGAUCUGGCUCGCCUUAUGGCUCCGGAAUGUCAACGGCUGCAGCAGCUAGCGUUGCAGCGGCUGCCUACGCCCACGCGCAAUUGAGUGCUCUCGCUGCUGCUUCGCAGCUUCCGUAUGUUUGUAACUGGAUGGCUGGUGACACCGUUUACUGUGGCAAACGCUUUGGCACCUCGGAGGAACUCCUACAACACCUAAGAAGUCAUACGAAUGCUUCCGUUUCGAGUUCCGUUAACACCACCGAUCCUUCCAACGCUGCUGCGGCUGCCGUAGCCACUGCAACGGCACUUUCAAUGCUGUCACCUCCGCUACCACCACCUCCGCCACACUCUUUAGCCUUACCAUCCACGCAUCCCUUUUUUUCGAGAACCUAUCCUACACCACCGCUCAGUCCACUCGCCACGGCACGUUAUCAUCCUUAUGGAAAACCCACACCACCGAUGAUACCUCAUUCGCUUUCUUCUCUUGCUUUCCCUUUACCUCCAACCCACCCUGCUCAUGUAUUACCUCCUCCACCUCACCCACACCCGCAUUACUUCUCACCCUACUCGCUUUACGCUGCACCAAGGCUCGGUGCGACAUCCGGACUACAUCAAUGAGGAGAGAAGCAGAGCCAGUUAUUCUCGAGAUUCUGUUUCGACUGAUCGAAAGAGCCCCCGACUGUGAUUUUUUCUCUGCAAAGAUGACCGAGAGAGAGAGAGAGAGAGGGAGAGAGAGAGAGGGAGAGGGAGAGAGAGAGAGAGAAAUGAUUGGAAGAGAUUACAUUUUUGUCUAUUAAAAUCCAAAGACGCGAUUGUGCUUUCUUACAAUAUAUCUAUUAAAUUUUGAAAUGUAUGUUUUUCUUGUUCAUUCUCUUUAUCCCUUGUCUCUCCUAUCUCACUCACUCACUCUCUCUCUCUCUCUCUCUUUUUCUCUCUUUUUUGCUCAUACGCAUUCGCGACUUUUUCUGUACAUUUGUUCAUACGUAUUAACGUUGUACGCAUUUCUGCGUACAUUAAAGAAAUCUACGACGACGUAAAAGAAAUACUCAUAAAUUUCUGUGUCCGUCUAUCUUUCGAGGAAUAUAGAAAUUCAUGCGAUCACUGGGUAUAUCGUAUAUACAUAUACACACACAUAUAUAUAUAUAUGUAUUACAUUUUGGUGGUACAAUCAGAAAAGGGAUACGUUUACACACGGCCUCGUAUUUACACCUACGUCUAAUAUAUAUCACUGCAGUUUUUGUAGUCAAUGAAUAUAUAAAAAUUGUUUAUUGGAAAUGACAAGCCAUGAUAUCGAUGAUAUUCAUAAAAAGAAACAUAAAAAAGCGAUCUAUGACAUGGUCACGUGUAAUUACUCGAUGAAUCUGCAACAUCGAUUUAUUCGGAAAUGAGACCUUUUACAAAAAAAAUGUCACUCUAUAUUUUCGACUUGUUCUUUUCACAUAAAUUCACUCGCCCACCCUUCUGGUUAUACUAAAAUAUGUGAAAUAUCUUGUGUAUGUAUAUAUAUAUAAAUAUAUAUGUAUGUAUAUGUAUACAUAUCUAUAUUGUGCCGCAUCUAUUUUUGCGUAACCAAAGUUUUAGUAUAUAUCGCGUGACGCUUUUAACUUGCGUCUUCGAUAUUCUAUUAACUAAGGAAAAAACGAAGAUCGAAUGUUAGAAAAUAUUAUCUGUAAAUAGAUUUAUUAUUCUAGUAUGAUAAAAUUAUAAAACGCGUUCACAGACUUUGUGAAUAUCGAGAUUCUAUCACCUAGACUCUAGUAUCUUCGAUGGAUGUGGUGGGAUUUUUGUAUUUUUCAAGUUAUCGUUGUUCUAUGUUACUUGAUCUCCCAUUGGUACUUUUUAAAAUCGAAAUACGAGAAACUAUUGACAGAAUAUAA